CUUUUUUUUUUGGAGCAAUGUCGGUCAUUAUGGCAACUGCAACUUCGCUAGCCGUUGGAUCGAUCCGUAGCAGGCGAUCCACGAGUGGGGUGACACGGUUCAAGAUGGCUGUCCGAUCUAGCUCCAUUUCAGUGGCUGUGGCUCCCAUGUUGACCAAGCUGCAGCAAGACUGCGCUACUCCUCUGCCCGUUCUUCGCAGCGUGGCUGACUCCAUGUCCGCUGAUAUGCGUGCUGGCCUCGCCGUUGAUGGCGGCAGCGAUCUAAAGAUGAUUCUCAGCUACGUUGAUAGCUUGCCUACCGGGGACGAGAAAGGAUUGUUUUACGCGUUGGAUCUCGGGGGGACCAACUUUCGGGUGUUGAAGGUUCAGUUAGGUGGGAAAGAUGAGCGCGUGAUCUCCACUGAAUCGGAGCAACUUUCCAUCCCACAAGAACUCAUGUCUGCUACCUCUGAGGAGCUGUUUGAUUUUAUUGCUUCUGUUCUGGAAAAUUUUGCUCAAAAAGGUGGAAACUUUAACUUACCCCCUGGAAGAAAAGGCGAAAUUGGGUUCACUUUUUCUUUCCCAGUGAAGCAGACAUCCAUUGAUUCUGGAAUACUGAUCAAGUGGACCAAAGGUUUUGCAGUCUCAGGAACGGCUGGAAAAGAUGUGGUUGCUUGCCUGAAUGAAGCUAUGGAUAGGAAAGGGAUAGAUAUGAGAGUGUCUGCCUUGGUGAAUGAUGCGGUGGCAACUUUGGCCGGAGCUAGAUAUUGGGAUGAUGAUGUUAUGGUUGCUGUCAUUUUGGGUACUGGAACAAAUGCUUGCUAUGUAGAACGGAUGGAUGCUAUUCCUAAAUUGCAAGGCGACUUUUCCCCCUCUCGAAGAACAAUUGUUAACCUUGAGUGGGGAGCAUUCAGAAAAGGCCUUCCAUUAACGGUGUUCGAUAGAGAUAUGGAUGCUGCUAGUAUCAAUCCUGGAGAGCAGAUAUUUGAGAAGACAAUCUCCGGAAUGUACCUUGGUGAAAUUGCACGAAGAGCUCUAAUGUAUAUGGCCGAAGAAGGUUCUCUGUUUGGGAAAUCCGUGCCGGAAAAAUUGUCCUUGCCUUUUGUUCUGAGAACCCCAGAUUUAUCUGCAAUGCAACAGGAUACCACGGAUGAUCUGCAGACCGUUGGAUCGGUCCUAUAUGAUGUAGCUGGGGUCGAGUCCGACCUAAAUUCAAGGAAGAUUGUCCUAGAGGUUUGCAACACUUUCGUGAAGCGAGCUGGACGCUUAGCUGGUGCUGGAAUAGUGGGGAUUCUUCAAAAGAUAGAGGAGGAUACAAAAGGUGCCAUCUUCGGGAAACGAACAGUGGUGGCAAUGGACGGAGGCUUGUAUGAGCGCUACUCCCAGUAUAGGAGAUACUUAAAAGAGGCUGUAGCAGAGCUUAUUGUACCUGAAACAUCUCGGAACAUCGUGAUAGAGCAUUCCAAGGAUGGCUCUGGGAUUGGGGCUGCUCUCUUGGCUGCUACAAACUCCAAGUAUGAACGGAAUCUUUAGGCAGAUACACCUCAUAUUCAUAGUAUCGGGAAGGAAAAUUAUUGCUUUGUAUUUGAUCUCUUUAUCCAAUUGCAUUUUUGGUAUGUUAAGUGUAAAACUGUCUGUAAGUUAGAUUUUAAAUCCGGAUUGUAGUGUUGUGUGCUCUGUAGUGUUUAAGUAGAGCCAAUAAUUGUGAAAUCAACGACUU